AUGCGUCUAGACGUCAUUGAGCAAGCGCGAGCUCUAUUGAGCACGUCUCCAUUUAACAACCUCAGAUGGUAUAUCUCUCAAGCAUACCUCCCACCUAUGAAUCUCAGUCGGAAUGCGCCAUCACCACCCCCACCCGGUCAUUCGUCUCAUUUGAACCUGUUGGCGGUUACCCCUGAAUCGUAUCGCUCAUUGGAAACAAUACACACUUUCCCAUUGGGUGCGCUCUCGGAGAAAGUGAUUGAAUUCGUGGAUAUUUACGUUCCUGCAUAUCCAUUGGAUCAAAAUGAAAACGAUGACGCCGAAAGUGUUACCGUUCCUUGUCCCCCUCAUUUUACUGGUGGAGCCCCUACGGUUAGAUUACCUGCAAGGGUCAAAGAUGUCUACCAAUGGGUGUAUACAUAUCCGUUGCAAACUGCGCAGUGUAUUGUUCACCAAAUGUGGCCCGAUACUUUCGACUAUACUUUCGAUUUCGAGAAUCGCGAAGAGAUAGACCAAGAGAUUUUCUUUUCAGUUUCAUGGACUGAUGCAGCUACCCCGCUGUCGACCAAAACUCCUCAUCCUUCCGUCGCUGUCUUCGUGCAACCGCCUUGGAUUCUGUCCCCAAAAGAUUUCGCAGUUUUCACGCAGUCUCAGACGUUCCCUCGUGUCCAUGAUUCCUCAGAGACGCCGUUAUUUCGCUAUGAUUGCAAACAGCGGCUGUGGGCCAAGGUUUGGGAUGAAUGUUUCAGAAGAAAAUCUCCCUGGUUCGUCAUAACUACCUACUGGGGUUGGGUAUUCGGGGCGUUUUCCAGAGGAUGGACUGUCGGCUUUGUCAGUGAAGUAAUUCCCGCAAACUUUAAAGCUCCCACUGUCCUCGAAUCAUUGGUAUUCUGGCUUGGGUCCGCAAUGAACAAGCCGGGCGGCUGGCGAAUUCCUGAGGUACCAGAACCUGUUGACAAUAUCAAUAUGGAAGUCAGGAUUCUGAUUCCUGAAUCCCAUACAGUUAUGGAGGAGAUCGCACCGUCGGAGUCAGAUUGGGAUGCAAGGAGUAAUGCUCGCUUCUCCGUCAGUGACAACACAAGUGAUGUAGAUGAGGACGAGGCGAUCGUAUACAAGUGCCUUGUCGGCGACGUGGCGGAGACUAGCACCCCACUGGCAAACGCAUUUGCAACGACACGUAGUCGGGUAAAGGUUCAUUCACGUAUUAAGACAUGGGCCCAGGGUGUAUAUCCAUCUUAUGAAGAUGGCCCCUUACGACCUCCAUCCCCAACACUCUCUGACUGUACCCAAUCGUCUGGAUCGACCGUUCUCGAUUUCAGCUCGGAGGAGAGACGCGAGGGUCAGUGGCUCGCUUCCAAUACAACGGAAAGACGGGACGACUACGAUCAAUAA